AUGUCGAAAGAAACAGCGUCUAUGAGAGAAAUACAACACAACCGACAACUCAUUAUACAAGCUCUAAAUAAGAACACAACAAACUUUUCAAACUAUUCUAAGAUAUCUGAGUCAUUGAAAGAAGGAAACUUAAAACUGACAUUAAACCCAAUGACAGAUGAGUUUCUGUUUCAAGACAAUAAGAACCAUACUGUCUGUAUAAAUCCAACAAAAGGAACUUUAAACGAGAAACCUAUAAAAGAACUUCUUUUGAAAGCAGAUGUUGACAACAAAGCUGACAAAACAUAUGUAGACGAUGCAAUAGCAAAAGAAGAAGAAAGAGCUAACAAAGCUUAUGCAACAAAAGAACAUACUCAUCCUGAACUAGCAGACAAAACAUAUGUUGACAAUAAAAUGUCAAGUGAAGUGACAAGAGCUGAAAACGAAUAUUCUAAAAAGACUCAUACACAUACCAUUGCAAAUAUUGCAAACUUACAAGAAACCUUAAACAGGAAAA